UAGGAAUGUGUCACAAGACACUCCUUCGUUUGAGGAACAGGAGAAAUAUGAGUAUAUGAGUGUGUUUUUAUACGGAAACUGAGAAAAGAGCAAAAAGAAACCCUCAUGGUAACAUCAAAGCCUCAUGCAGCACUUAUAGCAAGCCCCGGCAUGGGGCACCUAAUUCCCAUGGUGGAGCUAGGCAAACGCCUCCUCACUCACCACUCCUUCCACGUCACCAUCUUCGUCGUCACCACCGACUCCGCAAUCACAACCUCUCACAUACUCCAACAAACAUCAAACCUCAACAUCGUCCUUGUCCCUCCCAUCGAUGUCUCCCACAAACUACCACCCAACCCGCCCUUAGCAGCACGAAUUCUGUUAACCAUGCUCGACUCCAUACCCUUUGUGCACUCUUCCAUUCUGUCCACCAAGCUUCCUCCUCCUUCGGCACUCAUCGUUGACAUGUUCGGAUUUGCAGCUUUUCCCAUGGCACGUGACCUCGGCAUGCUUAUCUACGUUUACUUCGCCACCAGCGCCUGGUUCUCUGCGGUUACCGUAUACGUUCCCGCCAUGGACAAGAAAAUGAUUGAAAGCCACGCGGAAAACCACGAGCCGCUCGUGAUUCCCGGUUGCGAAGCGGUUUGGUUCGAUGACACGCUCGAACCGUUUUUAUCGCCUAUAGGGGAGAUGUACCAGGGUUACCUUACAGCAGCAAAGGAGAUAGUGACCGCUGAUGGAAUUUUGAUGAACACGUGGCAAGAUCUGGAGCCCGCUGCGACGAAGGCGGUGAGAGAGGACGGGAUAUUGGGCCGGUUUACGAAGGCGGAGGUGUAUUCGGUUGGACCGCUGGUGAGAACCGUGGAGAAAAAACCGGAGGCUGCGGUUUUAAGUUGGCUGGACGGUCAACCGGCUGAGUCGGUGGUCUAUGUGUCCUUCGGGAGCGGUGGGACAAUGUCAGAGGUUCAAAUGAGGGAAGUGGCGUUGGGCUUGGAGCUGAGUCAACAGAGGUUUGUUUGGGUGGUGCGGCCACCGUGCGAGGGCGACGCGAGUGGCUCGUUUUUUGAAGUAUCGAAUGGUGGUGACGUGGCGCUGAAUUACUUGCCGGAGGGGUUCGUGAAAAGAACGGAAGCGGUGGGGGUUGUGGUCCCCAUGUGGGCCCCGCAGGCGGAGAUUCUGGGACAUCCAGCGACGGGUGGUUUCGUGACGCACUGUGGUUGGAAUUCUGUUUUGGAGAGCGUUCUGAACGGGGUUCCCAUGGUGGCGUGGCCGCUUUACGCGGAGCAGAAAAUGAACGCGUUUAUGCUGUCGGAGGAGCUUGGGGUGGCGGUGCGGGUGGCGGAGGAGGGAGGAGUUGUGAGAAGAGAACAGGUAGCGGAGCUGGUGAGAAGAGUGAUGGUGGAUGAAGAAGGUUUUGGUAUGAGGAAGAAGGUUAAGGAGCUGAAAGUGAGUGGAGAGAAAGCGUUGUCUAAGGUUGGAUCCUCUCAUCAUUGGCUUUGUCAAAUGAGCAAGGACUGUGAAGCUCAUGUGCAGGGUUCUGAGGCUAAAGUUUCUUCUGCUUACACUACUACCACUGCUGUGCUCAGCGACGUCGUUCGCUCUUGAACCCUUUUCUUCUUCAUCUUAAUUAUCGUCUUCAGUUUGCAGUGUUUUACAACACAAAUCUCAGUUUAAUUAUUACGUCAAUAAAAAUUAAUUUAAUGUCAAAUUAUUAGUAUAUGAAAUUGCUUUGGUAGUUAAAGCUAUGUUCUAAAAAACAUUUGUUCAAGAUUUAGACGAGUGAAGUAAGAGAGAAUUUGAUACCCCUUGAAAGUCCUUAGUUCAUACUUCAUAGUCAGGGUCCGGGUAAUAAUAUAGAUAGAUAGAUCAGAAACACACAUUUCAUGCUUCUUAUUUUUUUUUAAGAAAUGUUUUCAGGACACUUUAAAUCCAUCUAUACCUAGAAAGAGACAAAAGUUGAAGAGUGGAGUUUUUAUUUCAGGACAAAUAAAAUAUGUUAUUAUAUAAUA